CCGAGCUGCCAGCCGAGCUCCCCUGUCGACUUUCAUACUUUCCGCUUCGGAGACGACGAAGGCACAGUCUUUUGCAGACGUCGCUCACACCGUGGUUCCGCGUCAACAAACUUUUCUUUCUGUCUUGCGGAGGGAAAGAGAUGAGGUUCUCGUGAGACUGGUCCGAGGUUGCCGGCUCGCGAGAAGAACCCUGAGGCUAAAGAGAACCGGACGUCGAAAAGGAGUUUUUUCUGGGUCCAUCCGUCGCUCUUUUAUUGAGUGAAUUGGCUCGGGUCGGCGAGAAUUAUUAGCUGAUAAAGCCUCCAAGGAGUGCCUGCCCUCCGACCCCUUUUUUCUCGGCUUCUGCGCUUUCGUUACCUUCUCUGCUCGGGGCGGUGCCUUCCAUUGCCUAGGUAUCCGCAGAGUGCCUGUGCAGCAGGGCAAGAGUGCAUUUUUGUUCUGUCUCUUCAAAGUCAUUCCCAUAAUUCCUUCCUGCCGUGUACAUCCGUCUGCCUUCCCUUUUCGAGCGACGAAGCCCGCUCUUCUCGGCAAAGGUGUCACCUUUCACAGGAGUGCCACCGCACCCGCUGUGCGGCCAGGUCCACCAUCCGAAGGCAGUUCGACGACGAGGCACACCGGCCUGGUGAGAGAGUUUCUUGCGUGUUUCUUGCUCCCCGUUGUCUAAUUCGUACCCAGCGAAGGUGUCAGGACUCGAAAGCAAGGCGCUCUGAAUCGCGCUCUCAGUCGAGCGGCGGUAUCGCGACAUCCCUCCCCGGCCGGGUCGCCUUCACAGAUCCCUCCGGCGAGUCUCUUCCUCUGAGUGUUCCUCCUUGCUCUCUUUUUUGCGCGAAAACGAGGUCGAGGAUGGGUUUUCUCUAGGCUUUUUCGUGUAGUGUCUCGGACCCCGUUCUGUACUCUCCGUCUGUCCCAUCGUCUCUUCCUUCUCCUUGCUCUCUCCCAGUCUUCGCUGCCUGUCUUCUGUAUCCCUGCAGACACCUCGAUAGCCUCACCCUGCCACUAGCCUCCUAGCCACGAUGCUCGCCGCGCCUCUUCUGUUCACGGCUUAGGAUUUAGCUGCCUCCACUCGCUUUUCUGGUCUCCUUCCCGGGGGUUUCCUUCUCUGUCGUUCUCUCCUCGCGCUUUGUUCUCCUCUCUCUUUGUUCGCUGCUCUUCGUCGACAUGAAGGUGUUCGAGUACCGCCUCGUGCUGCCCAUGACGCCGGAGCAGUACAAACGGUGUCAGCUCUACAUGGUGGCGAAGGCGAGCUUGGAGGACGCGACUAAGGCAGAGGCUGAGGGCGCGGCAAACGACUGUAUGGAGAUUCUCAAAAACGAAGAGUACACGAACGAAGAAGGCGACACCGGCCAGUACACACACAAGCGCAUCAACAUCGCCAACAAACUCCCGGGGUGGCUUGUCAGCUGGGUCGAUCCCCGACUGACUGUCUUUGACGAGAAGUCGUGGAACGCCUUCCCUCACCUCAAGACGACGUACGAUUGCGAACUUUUCUCCAAGGCGAAGGUGUCGAUGAUCAGCCAUCACCUGCCGGGUGUCCAGACAGACGACAAUGCACUCGCUCUCGACGCCGCAAUGCUGGCCCAAAGAAAGGUGGUGUUGAUCGACAUCGUGAACGACCCUGUAGCCUCGAAGGCGUACGUAGAGUCAGAAGAUCCGUCGCGCUUCCACUCCAAGAAGGCGGGCAUCGGGCCUCUUCGGAAAGACUGGAUGACCAACGUCCCCAUGGUGCCGGACGUCUCGAGGUCGGACGCGGCCGUCUCCUCGCCGCGAGAAGAAACGGAAGAGAAGAGAGAAGAAACGGAAGAGAAGAGAGAAGAAACGAUCUCGCGAGGCAAGCAUGCACGGCUGCACGUGAGAAGCCGAGAAAAGGGAAAUCUUUCGGCCGCCGCCGCGCCAGCAGCUGAGACGGUGCAUGCAGAGAACGAGAGAAUGCGUCCACAGUACCCCAUCAUGACUUGUUACAAACUGUUCGUUCUUGACUUUCCGUACUUUGGAUUCAUGGCUAGCAAAGUCGAAAACUGGAUCACGGGAGCGAUGCGCGACGUCCUGCUCAACUACCACAGAAAAGCGGUCUGCUGGAUGGAUGAAUGGUACGAGCUGUCCAUGGCAGACAUCCGCAAGAUGGAGGAAGAAGUGAAGGUGAAGCUCGACGCGAUUCGAGGACAGACCGCCCUGCCGCUCCUGGCUCCCUCCGCAGAAGGGAAGGCCGAGGCCGCACCGGAGGCCUCUGGGGCCCCCCAGGGGUCUGCAGGCCCGAGUUCUGAGGGCGAGGAGACCCGGGCUGGAGACGGCCAGGGGGCCGGAGACAGCGGGUGGAGCCCAACUAGCGACGAAGACGGAGAAUUCGACUCUGAACGGGACGAGCCUCUGGACCUGCAGGCAACUCUGCCGUUCGCUGUCACCGUCGACGCGUUGGCACCUUGGAGUCUGGACGCGCCUGGGAUCUUCCCCCUUUCUCCAAACAAGGCAGAAAGCCAGGCCGGAGACUCCAAUUCGCAAGUGUCUCCCUCCGUCGCGCCGCCGCGCUCAGACGCUGGAGCUCCCGGGGCAGCGACGGCGGCACCUGCGUCCGUUUCACCUGCUUCAGAGCCACCGAAGGAGACAGUUCUUCACUCUGGGUUCCUGUAUAAACUUGGCGACGGCAUCUGGAAUACGACGUGGAACUUGCGAUACGUCGUGCUGCGAAACAGUCGCCUGCAGUACUUCAACGACCCUCGAGACACGCGCGCCAAAUGCGUCGUCGACCUCGAAGGAGCAGAGAUUACGUGGACUGGAGAGAUGCGUGGGCGCAUGCAUUCUUUUUACGUCCACCCUGCAUGCAAGCGAUCGAUGCACUUCUGCGGGGAGACAGCGGACGCAUCUCGACAGUGGAUGGCCUGGCUGCAGGAGGCCGCGCAGAGGUCCGACCGCGCGCCCGGGGAGCGUCGACGUUUUUCUUCCUUCUCUUGCUCGCAUCACUUCCUCCCCAAGUCUUUUUCGCCUUCCCUCGCUUCUCGCGGAGGGUACGCCGAGCAGAUGGCUCCACCGCAUCUGCCUCCGAUGGAGGAGAGUCGCACCUCCGACGGCGAGGCCUCGCUCGCGCGGCCUCCGCAUGCAAGCGAUUCUCUCGAGCGCAGCCAGCAGGCAGACGCGCCGGGGCGAGAGAGUGGAGACACCCAGGCUGCCAAGGAGAGGCACUCCGCAGACGCUGGAAAAGAGCGCAGAGAAACCGAGAGGGAGGCGCGCGUUGCGCUAGACGACGAAGGCGCCCGGUUGUCUAGACACUUGAGCUUAGGCAGCGUCUGCAGCGGGGACCCUCACUGUCGCCCAGGCUUCUCCGAUCGAGUUGCGGCGGGAGAAUGCGAGGGCGUCUGUGAUUUGCUUCCUUCUCCUGAAAUUACUCCUGAUCUCGAGUAUUGCGUCCGUCGCCUGAAGUUUCUGCUGUCUAGUCGCGCGCGGUCGCGCUUUUCUCCGGCAAGGAACGAAGACGACGUUCGAGUGUUUGUGAAAGACGCGAGUCAGUGGGUUUCCCUCCCGCCGCCAAAAGCUGUCCAUAUUCGAGAGUCGCUCUCUCGGCAAACUUCGAGUUCUGGCGCCUUUCCCCAGGGAAGAGAAGAUGGAACAGAAGAUGAAAGAGAUGAACGAGGAGAGAAAAGUCAAGAAAGAGGAGAUGCAGAAGAAUGUGGAAGACGGCCGCCGCCCAGGGCACCGCGGGGGGCCCUAGAGUCCGCCGAGUUCUCAGAGCGAAGCUUAAGGCUGCAGAGAGUUCAGGCCCUUCUAGGUCUUGUUCUUCCGAUCGUCCUCCCGGCUUUCGCGCUGUAUCAGUGCGUAGUACUCUGCCUCCAAGGCCUCGCCUGUCUCUCUGAGGCCGCGUCUCUUUUCUUCCUCUUCUUCUCCUCGCUCUCCUCUCUCUGCGUCUCUCUGUUACGGAUUCCUUUUUCGAGUUUCCAGAGUGUCAGCUCUCCGUCUUCGUCUCUCUUCUCUCUGUCGCCGUUGUCUGCGUCCUUCUGCGCGGGCGCAGCCGAGAUCCCGGGAGACGCGUCCUCGUCGUUCUCUGCUUGCCUCUUGCCUGCCUUGCACAUUUUCCUCAAAUACCUUCUAAGCCAACUUCUUUUCUUUGUCCUUCGCGUCCUCCUUUGGAUUCUCCUUCCCUUCUUCCUCGGCCUCAGGCUUGCCAGCUUCUCGCGGCUCUUCAGUGUCGACAGUCCCCGUCCACGAACUGCUUUACCUCGUCCGUCGCGCACUGGCAACGCCCUCUCGGUCUCUCCGGUUGUCUCUUCAGAGCGAGGAGGCGCGACUGUCGAUCCCUCUCCUCCCCUCAGUGCAGCAGGGAGAGACCUGGUUGUGAAGGCCAGCUGCGUGGUAGACGCCACAGCUGAAGAGUUGUUUUUCCUCCUCAUGGAUGUCGAGAUGAUGGGUUCCUGGAUGCUGGCGCACACGAGCUCUCCGCGGGUCGUUUCAGAGUCGAUUCAUUCGGACUUUCUGUCGUUGUCUUUCUCGCCGUCGCUGCUGCUUUCCUCUUCCCCGGCAGCGACCGCGGAGGCGUUUCUCGCUGCCUGCUCGCUCUUCUCUCGACCAGCAGGUCAUGCGCUCUGCCCUGGUCACGCCCACCGCGGGGGCCUCGCAGAAAAAGCGUCUGUGACUCUGUCGGCGGCCCGAGUGGGGAUGUCCCCGCCCUUCGCCUGUCUCCUCAGCGGAGACAUCUCGGCGGGAGUGGCUUCUGCCGGCGCGGCCCUCGCAGGACCUCUUCUCUCGCCUCUGCUCCGCGACCGCCGCCUCGCCUGGCGGCGAUGGUGGGGGCAGACGCAGGACGGGAGCUUCGUCGUCGUCUUCCACUCGGAACAACAGCUGCUGUCCAGCUGCAUGCGAGCAGCGUGUGAGUGGCACUCGUGCGGCGCGGGCCGAGAGAUGAACGGGAGAAAAGGAGAAACUCGCCGCGAGACAACGGAAACAUGGACCGCGACGGCGGGGGCCAGAGGCCGGGAGACUGAGGAGACGGACAGGAAGGCGGUUUGGGCGACGAAGGUGGCAGAGAAGGUCGUUUCGUGGACACAGAGACUUUCGUCGCUGUUGUUUGCUGCCAACAAAGAAAAGAGAGAAAAACGGAGCAGGGAAAGUCCUACAGCGCUCCACGGACUCCUGCGUCUCCUGGGCAACGUCUUCCCCAUCGCCGUCCAUCCGUUAUCCCGCUUCCCCGGUGCGCAAAUGGAGAAGAACAAGGCAGCGAAGACAGGCGAAGAUUCCAGAGAGACUCCCUGGGAGACUUCCGCAGACGCCGUCCUCGCCUCCGGCUUCGAGGCCUUCGUCAUCACGCCUCUCUCGCCUUCGCUGGAGCAGCUUGCGCCGCCCCAUAACCUCGCCAGUCCCGACCGAGACGAGCGGGCGGCCUCUGGUGCGAGAACGCCGCGCGCCGCGGCUGGCGCGCCGCCCUGUCUCCUGACGUUCGUGUCUGCGGUCGACUGGGGAGGCGCAAUGCCCAGGUGGCUCGGAGAACGCGUUUCUCUCUUGAGGGCAGACCGCAUUCUCCGCGGGGCGAAGCUGGAAAGCGAAAUGCGACGCGCGAGAAAGCGCACUGUCCCCGCCGACCAGGACCUUGUCGCGGAAGACCUGCUAGAGACCCUCGAUACGCCCACCAGCGACAGUGAUGAAGACCGCCAAGACGAACUCCAUUCUCCUUCUUCUCCUCCUUCUUUCGACUCCCCUUCGGAGGCGGCUGGCGCUGCCCUUUCAGGUUACGUCCAGGGAUGGAAACGGCAAGACGCGAAGGAAGAGGACAGUGCAGCGCGCGAAGAGCUGACAAGGACGAGGAAGCGAGCGCCAGCUUCCCCAGCGCCCCCGCGUGAUGACAGACGCCUGCCGGAGGCACUGAGGGAGUUCAGGAGGUCUCCACAGGGGGGUCUGGUGGCCUUGAACCUGGCUGCCGUCGAUGCGCAGAGAGCUGUCUUCCUCGAACUUAUUCAAAGUCGAGGAGAAGCCGUUCGCGAGGGACGAGGCCUCGUCGACGUCUCCCUCCCCGUCUCGAUCCUGCAGCCCAAGUCGCUGCUGGCCUUCCUCGGCAGCUGCUGGGGCUUCGCGCCAUUCUGUCUCUCCAGAGCUGCGGAUGCGCAGACGGACGUCUUGGAACGUUUCAAGUGGACUGUCACAUUCGCGGUGGCAUCUCUGCACUUGGGGUGUUGCCAGCGGAUGCCCUUCAAUCCGCUUCUCGGAGAAACUUUCCAAGGUCACUGGCCUGACGGGACUCGCGUCUUUCUCGAGCAGACGGCGAUCGACCCUCCCUCAACCGCCUUCCUCGUGCGGAGCGCUAAGAGCCGCUUUUCUUUCUGGGGAAACUUUGCCUUCCGGGCGCAACUCAAAGGCAACUACGGAGUGCUCCGUCAAGAAGGCGAGACGGCGGUGCGCUUCCGUCACGAUGAAACAGAAAUUCGUUUUUCACAGCCGACGGCGAAGGUCUCUGGCCUGCUGUGGGGGCCUCGAGUUUUCGAGUGGGGUGGAAAUAUGGACUUCAGAGACGAGAAGAAUUCCCUCUACUGUCGUCUGCAGUUCGGCGUCUCUAAGCCGACGCACUCGUCCUCUCAUGUCCCCAGCGACUUCUUUUACGGAGAAAUCAAAGACACAGCAACCGGCGCGUCGAGAAGCGUAGUCACCGGGUCAUGGAUAGACCAAGUUAACUUUGACGGAAAACGCUACUGGGACGCGUGCAGUUGUCCUGCUCCAGCGCCACUGGAGGCAUGCACGGACUCCGAGGCGCUGCCCACGGACAGUCGGUUCCGGCAAGACAUUCUUUGUCUCCGCGAAGGUCUCAUCGAAGAGGCGCAAGACUGGAAGCUUGAACUCGAUGCUGUUCAACGACGGGACCGAGCUGUUCGCGCCAACCGUCUCGCUCUUCAACAAACAGCGGGAGUCACCGCCUCUCCUGCUUGACAGUUUUUUCUUUUCGGGGGACGUCUUCUUUUUGUCCUCCAUCCUUCUUUCCUCGUCCUUUCUCUUUCUUUUAUUUCCUUCCUUGUCGCUUCCGUCGCCGUCGUCAUCUUUGUCCUCUCGCUCUUUUUCUCUUUCCUCCCUCUAUUUCUCUGGAGAUGACCUCUCCCAGUACGGCGGCGCUGAGCCUUCCAGCAUCUGAGUAGUCGUCUUCUCUCGCUCUUCCCGCUCCCCACUUUCCUCUUUUCUCGCUCUCCGUCUCCUCUGACUCUUCGGCCGCGCGUCUCGGCUUCUGCUGUGUCUGUCUCCUCUUCCCGUUGCUCGAGCAGUGCGCAACUGUGUCGGGUAUUGUUCCUUCGGAGACUUCGUUCGAAAGAGGAAAGCAAACUGCUGUUUUCCUCAGUAGUGUCUCUGGUCCCUGCCCUCUCUCCCCAAGACACGCUGCGGUCGGUGUCUCCGUUGCUUCUGCCGCGUAAUCGCCAGGGCGGGACGCCUCGCCUCCACUCUUUUGCUGAUCUGCAGUCUCUCGAAGUCUGCUGUCUUCGAGGACCUUGUGCAAGACGCUGAACCUCUCUCUCUUCCAUCUCAAACCUCUCUCCAGUCGGAUCUAAAGAGAUUCUUGCCCCUGUGUUGCGGCGGUGACACAACUUCACACACAUGCAUAUAUAUAUAUAUAUAUAUAUAUAUAUAUAUAUACGUGUAUGUAACAUGCAUAUAUAUAUAUAUAUAUAUGCAUGUGUAUGUAUGUAUGGAAGAAAAGGAUGAUGUACGUGUCACCUUGCGAGCAUGGCUGUAGCUGUAUGUGUAGGCGGAUGCGGGAUCGAGGGGAUGUCUGUGUGGCUUUCUUCUUGAAGGAAGGUGAGAUUUUUAGGGCAGGAAGCUGUUUGUGAAGACUUUUCCUUUUCAAGUGCGGUCGUGCGGGCAAGAUUUUCGUCUCUCUUUGCUUCUGCGUUCAAACGCGCUUCUCUCUGUGUUGUGUCUCCAGCGUUAGUCUGUCGAGGAAGAAGUGAAGAGGAAUGAACCGCAGGAAACCUCGUACCUUCGCUCGUUCACGAAAGCACCAGACCUGGGGUGUGUUUGUCUGCGGCUUCCUUCUCGUCUUCCGACUGGAGCUGUCAGACCAACAUGGCUCUUGACGCACUGACAAGCUCGUCUCUUCCUCUGUUCCAUUUUUCGCGUAUCGCCUGUUGGGCGCAAGACGCUUCCUCCGUUCUCCCUCGACAAACCAGAAAAGUUCUAAAAGCAUGUGUUCACUCUCAUGUUCAGUGCAUAAAAGAGACACGGACCACGAAAUUCCUUGAGCCCC